AUGUGGCCAUUUUGGACAUGCUGCAUCCCAAAAGCCCAACACGGCAUUCGAUCGUCCUCAUCAGGUGCUCAAAUCGUAGGCCGCUCCACUGCCUGUGAAGCUUUGCGGUUUGGGAUGGCACUGAAGGGGAAAAGUCGGAUGCCCUCCAAAACCCAUAGCUGUUCCGAGCUUGCAGAGGGGAACAAAAAGCUCAUGGAAGUGAAGCAGGAAGCUGAGAAGGAAGAAGAGUUAAGGAAGAAAAUCCAGGAAUAUGAACGGCAAAUUGAACGUCUUAAAGCGGCGGACUCUACUUCAGGAAACAACAAAGAAGCUGAUAUAGAGGAAUCCGACACGCUUCCGGCCACCCCGGAGGAGAUUGCAGCCUUGAGAGGUGAACGGGUUGCCAGUGCCAGUGCUGCAAGGGCAGCCCCCAAGGGAGGUGCCAAGGCAACUGCCAAGGCAAAGGCGGCAAAAUCCAAACCCAGACAUAAACCCCCAAGAGAAGAUGAGGUUGACCCAAAUGCUUCCCAGGCCGAGGAGGAGCCAGAACCCACGCCAAAGCCUUCUCACCCAAGGAAAGGUAAUGGAGGUAAGAAGAAGAAGAAGCCAUCCACCCCUGAAGAAAGCAUGGAGACACCCAUCAUGUCGCCCCCUCCCAAAAAAACAGGUGAAGGUCCUGUCCCCCGACGUCUUUCUUUCAAAGCCCCAGACCCAGUCCAGUCCCGCCAGAUUGAUGCUUUGCAAGAGGACAAUGAGAAAUUGAGGAUGGAACUUCUUGCCGCCAAGGCUGCAUUGUCUGGUGAGCCUACAGCUUGUGUGCCUGGGAAACCCAAGCGUCCGCCCAACCCCAAAGCCAAACCGGCCUCGUCGAAACCAAAGGUCGCUGCAGAACCUGACCGUGAGGCUGGGGAUGUUUCGGAGUCGGAGGAAGAACAUCCUUCCGAGGCGGCUAAGAAACAACGGCUGAGGCGCCUUUGUGAGCGCAAGGGAAGGGGUAAGCUUCAUGUGCCGGAAGAGAUACAUGAGAUGUGGCUGAAGGGUGGCCACACUCGGGAUCAACUGCUCGAACUUCUGGAAGAGUCCAAUUGGGAUAAGGACACCUUUGUAUCGAAGGUUUUUCGCAGCAAGGAGAAAGUCUCUAGGAAGACUGCCAAAAAGAAGCGUGGAUGGUACACCAUUGAGGGCAUGCGAACAAAGUUGCUAUGGAGCAAGUCAUACACGGCCGGCGUGGUCAAGUUUUGUGAGAAAAAAGGCAAUGAAAGUUUGGUCAAGAAAGACAAGUACAACAAGAACUUGAAGAAGUACUACGUGGAGGUGGACGAGGAGGAUGAGGACAUGGAUAUGGAGGAGGAAAAGGAACGUGAAGAACACACAAUGGAUGCCCGUUGCCUCAAGAGCUUUCAGCCCACGAUGAACCGUGGCAAGCUUGAGCAGCUGCCAGAUUCACCUGCUGCCAGCGCUUCUGGUGAUUCGGACAAGGAAGCCAAAGAGGCUUUUGGACCACCUCAGGAGUACACCAACCUGACGAAGCUGGGGGAUUCUCUUCUGACCCGCUCCACAAAAGUCAGUGACCUCAUUGGCAACCUGGAGAGUGAGAUGGCUGCCAAACCUGAUUCCCCUGAUGCCGCACGUGGAAGGAAGUCAGUUCAGGGCCUGGAGUCGGCCACGGAAAUCUUGGAGAAGGAAUACGAAGUGAUCCAGGCUUUGAAAGUGGAAGUCUCUGCCAUGAAGUCUUUCAAAAGUAAAGAGUUGACGGAAGAGAUGAAAUCGAUGCUCAACAAAGUUGACCGGCAAGUGAAAGCCACGACAGUUGCGUGCAGCAAGGUGACUACUGCUGAGACCAAUGCUCGGCCCCAACCUUAUCCUUACCUGGCCCACUGCUUUGCAGACCUGCGCACUAUUUGGCCAGGUCAGGGCUUGAACGAUGAGCAGAAGUCCUUGAAACACUUUGCCAAAAUGAUCGCCUACGGAGCCCCAUGCUGCCACGUGGUGGAGUUUGCCAAGUCGCAGGUUAGUCUUCACCCCAAUGUCAGUGACAUCUUCAAGAAAUUUGCUGCAGUGUCCCUAAAAGACUCUGAGAGAGGUGUCCAUGAGCUUUUUCAAAAGUAUGGGUACACGGCUCCAAUAAGAACCGAGCAUGUCAAUUUGGGUCCUGGAGUGCUUUCGAAGUUUCCAUUUGUGAAACUGAGCAGUUGGGCCCAGUGGCUCUUUGACACUGGUCGCAUUUGGCGAUUGUUUUGUGGGUGUGCUUCCUUUGAAAGCAUGCGAGCAGCUUUGACAGAAUUUUGGAGGCGCUACCGACAACUCCAUCCGCAACACCAGAUCUUUGAUCCUGAUUUGGGGCUUGACCUGUCAGUAUGCAUUCCAUACUAUAGUCACCAGGAUGAGGGAAGAGGGUACAAGCACCAGGCAAUCUGGAUUUUUUCAGUCCAUGGAGCUGUAGGUCGUGGCACUCAUGAGUAUUUGAGGAGAGAGAAGAACCUCAUGCCCAUCAAAGACAUGGAGUUUGGACUGAAUUUUGUGGGCUCGACCUGGGGCACACAAUUUCUCUUCGCCACCCUGUUGCGUUCUGUGACCAUGAAAUGCCCAGAAGCCGUUGACACCCUCAUGCAAAUCUUUGCGAGAGAUGCUGCCUUUCUUGCGCGGCAUGGCUUGAGUAGUGGAGGCAAGAGGAUUCACAUGAUCCAUCUCAACACGAAGGGCGACUUGCCCGCUCUGGCCAAAAUAGCUGGCCUUUGCAGGACCUUCAGUCAUGUUCCCAGAGCAGCAUCCAGCAAAACCGCAUCGGAUGGCAUAUGCCAUCUGUGCCAGGCUGGUCAGGAGAGUGAUCGGGCAGGAAGACCAGCCUAUCCUUAUGAGGAUCUCUCCAUCAAUCCCGGAUGGAAGACCACGGUGGAACAGGUGCCAGCUUGGACGGUGAGGCCUUCUUUGCUGAAUGAUGCUUUGUUGGACCCAACAUGUGUGAGUCAUUUCUUUGCCACUGACAUUUGGCACAAUGUGCAGCUUGGCCUGGCGAAACAUUGGUUGGCCAACAGCUUUGUUUGUGCAAUCGAGAGGAUGGACUUCUGGCCUGAGGCAUCUGUAGAGAACAGAUUUGCCUUCUUGACUCAGGGCUUCAAGCAGUUCUGCCAGGACCACCACAUUUCGCCCCACAUGGAGGAGAUUUCACGGUCCACGAUGGGAUUUAUCACCAGCAAGUCAUGUCCUGUUGGACAGUGGUCAAAGGGUUCGGUGAGCACCGACAUGAUGAAGUACUUGGAGUUCUUUUGUGAUCAACAUGUUCUUGGCAAAACUACUGAUGAGGCUUCGGGAACCAAAGCCAUCAACCGCGCGAUGGCCUACAUGUACUCAGCAGGGUUUUGGUUGCCGCGGGCUCGUGGUGUGAGGACUGCAUGGAUUUAUCUGCGCUCUGAGCUGAGCGGUCAGCUCAUGCGCACGGGCCUCGACCACGCCUCACACCUUCUGUGGGAGGAGAUCGAUGGCAAGCACGGGGCAAUGACUUUGUGCGGCCUGAAUUCGCAGCAGAACCACUUGGGCUCCGCCGCCCAGGACUUUGCCCGCAGAGCAGCUCUGGGAUUUUUCCUCCUUUGGCUUCUGGGCCUUCUGCUCUCCUUUUGGCAUGCCUUGCGGCAGAAGCGGGUCGCGCAAAACUUCCACCGGAGGCACCCGUCGCUGGCGGAGUUCGCGCUGAAUUUGGAAGGUUUUCCAGCCAGCGCCACGGAUGAGGAGCAGAUCUUGCAGUUCGUGCGCCAGGCCUUUGGCCUCGAGGACGUGCAGGUCUCCGUGUGUUACGACUACCGGGACCGGCGUGAACGUGUGCGGGAGCUCUGGGAGAAGGUCCUGGUGGACGAAGAUGUCGCUGCAGGCGCAUAUCAUCCGAACCUCGCUGGCAGCGUCAUCGGCCGCCGCGGCCUGGGCCUCUCCGAGGAGGAGCGGGACGAAGUGAGGCGGUGGCUGGACCGGAGCAAGCCCGGUGGUCUGAAGAAUGCGGGCUCCGUCUUCGUGAUUUUCUCGCACAACUAUGACCUGCACACCGCCGAGCGGCAGUUCCCCGAGCCCACGGCCAUGCAGCGGCUGACGCGCGGGAAGACGCCGCUUUUGCCGCACUCCCUGACGCCGGAGUUCUUGCUGUCACCGCUCCACUGGGUGGACGACGAGGGGCAGAUGCACCGGCUGACGGUGCGGGACGUGGCCUGCGAGCCACCCGAGGUCGCCUGGGAGCACCUGGGCCUGGACGUGGCCAGCGUCUCCGUGCGCGCGGCGCUCGCCGGCGUGGCGGUGCUUGUGAGUUUCGGUGUCAUCGCUGCGGUGGUUUUCCUGCCCUUGGCGACCUACAACAUCAGCUACGUGUCUCAGGCUGGUAGCUUGCCGACGGGUGUGAUGAUGUCUGUGAUGGGCAUUCUGGUCAUGACGGUGAACUGGAUGAUUGGCUUGCUCCACAUCUUCGUCUCUUCGAAGGUGGGCUUCACCCGGCGGGACCGGGAGGGGUUGCUGAUCUUCAAGGCCUUCUCGACCUUGUGCUUUUUCAGCUUUCUCUUCAACGUGGCCAUCACCAUCUUCCCGGAGAGCAGUGCACAUCCCAUGCGCUUCUUGCUGCAUCCCUUCGGAGAAGGACGUGCCAUCACCUCCAUGCAGGACAUCUCCUUUCAGGUUCGUGCUUCAGUGCACUUGUUCCACGUCUUAGUGCCCGGAAGCCUCUUCAUCGGCUAUUUGCUCUUCCCAUUGCAGGGCUUCGUGUGGCCUGCGGUGUCGACCAUGUCCUUCUUGCGCUUUUGGCACAGCCGUAGCUUUACCGCCGACCUGAGGGCACGCGAGGCUGAAAAGGCCAUGGAGCCUUUGGGCAUGAGCUUGGGCCACGACUACAUGGGCUUCGUGGUGCAGCCCUUGUCCUGCAGCCUGACGCUCUUCUUCGCCUCGGGCGUCGCCUGGCAGACCUUCGGAUGCCUUGCCCUGUGGAGUCUCUUCAUGAUGCCGUUCACCAGGUACAUGCACCUCCGGGCGAUGAGAAGGAGCUACUUCUCCACGAACCGCAUCGACAUGGAUGCGUUGUUCGCCUGGGGCUUUCCGCACUCCCAGGUCUUGGCGGCCAGUGCCUUUUGGGCGGCUCGCAUUUACAGCUGGAGCUUGCUCGUGGUCCCUCUUGCGUGGUUGGCGGGGCUGGCGGUGUACCAUGUGAUGCUGGCCCUGGUGGUGCAGCCCUUGGUCUUGCCCAAGGACUGCUGCGACAGCAGCCGGCCCAGCUACGAUGAGGUGCGCACGCGGCGCUUCUACGACUGGCACAAUUGCAACCCCGUGAAGGUCUUGCUGAGUCACUGCGUGGGGUCGAAGCCCAUUCCGCCCUUUGAAAUCGGCAAGGAGUAUCUCCAAGAGAACUGCCUGGAGUGGAAGGAGAGGGCCGAGAAGUUGCGCGCCCGUGGCGGCGGCCUUUGGAGCCUCCCAUCGGAGCAGGUGGACUCCGAGAUCUGCCCCCUGAUGGUGCCAGAGGUGGAGGAUCUCUUGCAACGGCCGGUGGACUGGAUAGGGCAGGCCAGCCGCAGCUUCGCCCAGAGCUCCCCAGGCCAGGCCUCAGUGCCGGACUAG